AUGAUCGGACCCUGCAAUCGUAGUUUUUAAUGAGACAUCAUGGCGACGCGUGAGGAUGUGUUGACCGUUCCAGAAGGAUGGACCGAACCAAAAUUUUCUGUAGAAGAUAAUCCUCAUGGCUUAGCUGCUAAAUCAUCGUUUGCAGUCCUCUUCCCAAAAUACAGAGAAAAGUACCUGCGUCAAUGGUGGCCUUUGGUGAAAAAGAAAUUUGCUGAAUACAACAUUAAAGCAGAUUUGGAUCUCGUGGAGGGAAGCAUGGCGGUAUCCACAACGAGAAAAACAUGGGAUCCUUUCAUGAUCGUUAACGCCAGAGACUGUAUUAAACUUCUUUCAAGAAGUGUGCCAUAUGAACAUGCUAUAAAAGUGUUAGAGGAUGGAGUUGCCUGUGAUAUCAUCAAGAUUAAAUCUAUGGUACGAAACUCAGAGCGUUUCAUAAAGCGUCGACAACGGUUAAUUGGACCAGAUGGAUCAACACUAAAGGCGAUCGAACUGUUAACAAACUGCUAUGUUCUUGUUCAGGGUGGUACAGUUGCAGCAGUUGGCCCUCAUAAAGGGCUUCGAGAGGUACGUAAAAUUGCCGAAGACACGAUGCGUAACAUUCACCCAGUGUAUAAUAUAAAGACAAUCAUGAUUAAACAUGAACUUAGCAAAGAUGAGAACCUUCGAUAUGAGAGUUGGGACCGCUUCUUACCUCGAUUCAAAACGAAAAAUGUAAAGCGUAAGCAGCAGAAGAAGAGAGUAAAGAAGGAAUAUACGCCAUUCCCACCACCGCAGCCAGAGAGUAAGGUAGACAAAGAACUUGCUACAGGGGAAUAUUUCCUCAAAUCUAAACAGAUACAUGCUAGGAAAAAAGAAGACAGAGUAGAGAAAGACAAAAAGGCUAAAGAAAAGCGACAGCAGAAGCGCAAUCAAGCAUUUAUUCCUCCCAAAGAAAAGAAAAAUUAAGCUUUGUAUUGAAGGGAAGUGAAAUAUUGAUUGUAACAACUGUAAGUAGUAAGAUAGUUGUGUUUUGAAUAAUUUUUUUUAUUACAAUGCUUUAGAGGAUAUGCAUGCCGAUUUUUAAGUACUUGUGUAUUAUUAAGAUCAAGUUUUGUUUUCAAAAAACAGUAAUUUUUAAAAAAAACCAUGAAGUUUGUGUUACGACGCAAAAAGUAAAUGGGAGAUGUGUUGUAACCAUGAAACAAAUUUAACUCAGUGCUGAUGUAACCCGAGGACCACUUGUACAUAUUUUGUUUGCAUUUUUAUUUUUGUGAAAGACAGGUCCACUAUAUUUUCUACAAAUCUUGCAUCGGUUAUAAAGCUUGAUUUUCCAACAAGAAGUUAAUGAAAUGAUUCCUUGAAUCAACAUCACAUUUCUAAGUAACAAGCAGUCAGAUUUUAGGUUGUCCAGCACAGUGCCCAAAACUGUUCAUUUAAUGAUCACCAUUGGCAUUUGGGAUGGCAAAUAAAGUUAUCAGUAUUUUGUCCUCACCCAGUGUCUAAACGUGCCCUGCACGUGGUUAAUAUUUUUCAUUGCUGUCUACCACUUCCAUUCUUGCAUCAACCUUCAAGAAUGCAAAUAUACAAAGUAUGCUUUGAUUAUGGAGCCAUUGUCACACUACUAGUUCAUUUCAGCUGUUUAUGCAUUUUAUCACUGAUUACAUCCUUUACAUUUUAUUUUUGUGGGCAGUUUCUAUACAGAGGAAUAUUAGCAAUUUUUAAUUGAUGGUAGGUAAGAAUGAGAACUUAUGUCAUAUCACUGUCAUUCAGCUACGUAACAUUGUUGACAACACAUGAGUCUAAAGAAGACUCAUCAUUGAAAUAAAUACAGGUAUAGCAAUU